GUUAUUUGCUGCCAGAAGUGAACUGCACAGCAAAGCUCCCAUACUCAUUCGCUCGAUUCGACCGCGACAUCCAUCUUUCCGAAUCGUUGCAGAAGAAAAGUUUUACUACUGUUCCUUCGGUAUUAUCAGAUCGAUCCCUAGUUCUACAUCAGUAAGGAAUCGCCGUAAUCGAAAAUGUCGAUGCUUUCUGCUCGUUUGGCCGCUCAGGUGGCUCGUCAGCUGCCCAGAACCGCCAGUCAGGUCGCCAAAAUUGCUGUGCCAGCAGUAACUGUAGCUGUCCGCAAUCUCCAUGUUUCAACCCCAAACCGCGGUGCGGAAAUUUCCGCUAUCUUAGAGGAGAGGAUCCUUGGUUCGGCACCCAAGGCUGACUUGGAGGAAACUGGACGCGUGUUGAGCAUCGGUGAUGGUAUCGCUCGUGUGUACGGUCUAAAGAAUAUUCAGGCCGAUGAAAUGGUGGAAUUUUCUUCCGGGCUUAAGGGUAUGGCCCUUAACUUGGAGCCUGACAAUGUUGGUGUCGUCGUUUUCGGUAAUGAUAAGUUGAUCAAGGAAGGUGAUAUUGUCAAGCGUACCGGUGCUAUUGUCGACGUUCCUGUUGGUGAUGAACUGCUCGGACGUGUUGUUGAUGCUUUGGGUAAUGCCAUCGACGGCAAAGGCGAAAUCAAGCCUCCUCAACGUUUCCGAGUUGGUAUCAAAGCUCCCGGUAUCAUUCCACGUGUGUCUGUGCGUGAACCUAUGCAGACUGGUAUCAAAGCCGUCGACUCUCUGGUACCAAUUGGUCGUGGUCAGCGUGAGCUGAUCAUCGGUGACAGACAGACUGGCAAAACCGCUCUGGCUAUCGAUACAAUUAUUAACCAGAAACGCUUCAACGACGGCCAAGAUGAAUUGAAGAAGCUGUACUGUAUCUAUGUUGCUAUCGGUCAGAAGCGUUCGACUGUGGCUCAGAUCGUAAAACGCUUGACUGAUGCUGGUGCCAUGAACUACACCAUUAUCGUUUCUGCUACCGCUUCUGAUGCUGCUCCAUUGCAGUAUCUGGCACCAUACUCCGGAUGUGCCAUGGGUGAAUAUUUCCGUGAUAACGGAAAGCACGCUCUUAUCAUCUAUGACGAUUUGUCCAAGCAGGCUGUUGCUUAUCGUCAAAUGUCUUUGCUGCUGCGUCGUCCACCAGGCCGUGAAGCCUACCCUGGAGAUGUAUUCUAUCUCCAUUCGCGUCUUCUGGAGCGAGCGGCUAAAAUGAAUCCAACCCUGGGAGGUGGAUCACUAACUGCCUUGCCAGUUAUUGAGACUCAGGCUGGUGAUGUGUCCGCGUACAUUCCAACAAACGUCAUUUCGAUCACCGAUGGACAGAUUUUCUUGGAAACCGAGUUGUUCUACAAAGGUAUUCGACCAGCCAUUAACGUUGGUCUGUCUGUGUCACGUGUCGGAUCCGCUGCUCAGACCAAGGCUAUGAAGCAGGUUGCCGGUUCUAUGAAGCUGGAAUUGGCCCAGUACCGUGAAGUUGCUGCUUUCGCGCAGUUCGGUUCCGAUCUUGAUGCUGCCACCCAGCAGCUCCUGAAUCGUGGCGUGCGUCUCACCGAACUGUUGAAGCAGGGUCAGUAUGUCCCAAUGGCUAUUGAAGAACAGGUUGCUGUUAUCUAUUGCGGUGUACGUGGUUUCUUGGACAAGAUGGACCCCAGCAAGAUCACCGCGUUCGAGAAAGAGUUCUUGGCUCACGUGAAAACCAACGAGAAAGCUUUACUUAGCCAGAUUGCUUCUGAGGGAAAGAUCUCGGACGAGACUGAAGCCAAGCUGAAGAAUAUCGUUACCAACUUCAUGGCCACAUUCAGCGCUUAAGAAACUUGCUUUUCAUCAUAGUUUGUAGAGGUGCGAAGGUUGAACACCGGCGGGGGUCAAGCUGCGUCAUUAUCAGGUGGCUAGUAUUUAUUCAGUAGCCUGAUGAUGUUUUCAAAGUAUGUCAUUAAGAACAGUGAAGAAGUAUAAUAUCCGAGCGAAACAACGAUCCGAUAAAAUAGUAUAAUGCGAUUCCAAGACCGAGAAAGGUAGUAACAAAAAAUUGAGCAGAAUUGAAGGACAAAUAUUGCAGCAAAUUGCGGCUCGUCAAAUUGUAUAAGCUGAGCUAUUGAAGGAGUACAUCUAAGUACCGAAAUACAAUUUCAAAAACUGA